CAUCCCUUAUUACAGGAACGUUGCGGGAAUGCGGGGGAGUAGAGAGGGAGAAAGUGUGUUAUCGACCAUUCAAGCGAGCCUAUCCAGCUGAUUCUGGACCAGAUUGCAAGGAUAGAUAAGACAGUAUCAGUAGCUAUGAAUCGUAAGUUUAUGCUGCAUCUGCAUGGGUUGUUAGUAGAGAUUGAGCGAAAAGAAAGCAGAGGAAUGGCAAGGAGAACACCUAAGCGGUUGAUACCAGAACAAUGAUCAAGGCCGAGUAUCUUCCACUAUUUCACCGGACUGCAAAAAAAGAAUCAUAGAUACAUAUAGAGGCACAACAGCCGUGAGAGUGUGAUACAGGUUGACUCCCGUGAGGACUGAAUCAAAUGAAUUUUGGCGGGUUCAAAAGAAGACGCAGAUGAAAAAAUGAGCUAAUUCGAAGAACUCAUAUGGAGAUUUAUAGUUUUAAAAGCAAAAGCGUCAGAACAAUUGACAAUUGUUAAGGUAGAAUACAGAAUUAGCUCGUUUACAAGUGAUGAACAGAUGUGGGCUGUUCUUAUUUGUUGAACAGCCUCGAAAUCAGCGUACUAAGUGCAGUAUAUUUAGGCUCCAAUAAAACAGUCUUCGACCUUAUAGCAGCAGCAGCGAGAAGAAGAGCGAACAUGGGAGCCAUAAAAGAUGGGACUAUUUCAGGGACUCUGCCAGAAGCCAAGGUUUUUGCCGUGCAUUAUCCAGGCUACCCUUCGUCUACCUCCCGUGCCGUUGAGACUCUUGGCGGACCCGAAGCAAUCACCAAAGUGCGCAGUUCACAAUCAAACUGCUUGGAACUUCGUUUCCGCCCUGAAGACCCAUACUCACACCCUGCAUUUGGGGAGCUUCACCGCUGUAGUGGUUUUCUUCUUAAAAUAUCAAAAAAGAAAUUUUCUGCUGACCAAAAUGCUGUAGCUUCCAGUAUCAUGUCUAAAUGUUUGUCAAAAGAUGCAACUAGUUCAGUCCCAGUUCCAUGUGAUAGUGAAUCCAAAGAAGUGGAAGAAAGGAAUCUACCUGAAAUUGAAUCGACAUCUUCUAAUAAAGAUAAAGAAGUCCAGAUGCAUAAAAAAAUGUUGAUAAAUCUAUAUGUGGAUAUUGUUGCUCGGGUUUCUGAAGCUUAUCAAUUUAAUGGAAUGGUAGACUACCAACAUGUUCUUGCUGUUCAUGGUGAUGUAGCCAGAAGGAAGAGACGCUGGGUAGAAGUGGAACCACGCUUUGAGAAGGGUGGUCUUAUAGACAUUGAUCUAGAGGAUUUGAUGAUGCUGGUACCUCCAAUUUUCUCGCCCAAGAACAUUCCAGAGAAAUUAGUUUUAAGACCAUCAGGACUGUUGAGCUCGAAAAAGAAACAGGAGGCAGUUGUACAAAAUCGUUGGGAGAUGGAUAUUGAACCAUGCAUCGCCAUUGAUUUCAACAUUGAAGAGAUUCCUAGGAAAGUCAACUGGGAGGAACACAUACCUCAAGGCUCAGCUCAUUGGGAGUGGCAGACAGUUUUAGCCAAACUUUUUGAUGAACGUCCUAUAUGGCACAAACAUACACUAAAUCAACGCUUGCUAGAGGAAGGUCUACAUUUUGGUGCUCACCAGCUUAAAAGGCUUCUUUUUAGGAUUGCAUACUACUUUGCAACAGGUCCAUUUCGCCUAUUUUGGAUUAGAAAAGGAUAUGACCCUCGGAAGGAUUCUGAGUCUCGGAUAUAUCAAACAAUUGAUUUUCGAGUGCCACCACCGCUAAGAAGUUUUGGCAAUAUUGACACAACCAAUGAGCUGAAAGAUAGAUGGAAGGAGAUAUGUGCAUUUCAAGUUUUUCCAUCUAAGAAUCAAACGUCCUUUCAAGUUUUUGAUCUUGUUGAUGAUUACAUCCAAGAAGAGAUCAGAAAGCCAAUUGAACAGACUACUUGUACA